UGUGACAGCACAUAGUGAGAGCACGCAGUACUAGAAACUGGAGGCAACGUUGGUUGAGUAUCCCUCAGUUGCACUUUCAGACAUUGGAAUUACAGCAGCAGUACCUUUUCUUAAUAGAGGGACAACCAACCAUGGCGGGACUUGAAUAAAGACGCGAGCCGAGCGAUAUUCGCCCAAACACUUUCCGCAUUUCUAUUUCAUACUCAAGUCGCUCCUCUUUUGCCCAAUGCAUCGGCGCUCUGUGGAGAAGGGACAGUGUUGAAACACUUUACUGGACUCAGUGAGGAGAAGAGAAGAGAAAGCCAAGUAAUUUUAAAGCAGAAUGGCGGACCGUGAUACGUUACCCCUUCCUUUGGAGGUGCGAACCAGACUUGCAGAGCUGGAACUGGAGUUAUCAGAGGGUGACAUCACACAGAAAGGCUAUGAAAAGAAGAGGUCCAAAUUAAUUGGGGCCUUCCUCCCUCAGGCACCAGGUAAAGGGAUGGACCCUUCUGUGCCUCACGAGAGGAGAACCCCCGUCACUCCUGGCUCCUCCUCUCGCUACCACCGCCGCCGCUCCUCUGGCUCCCGGGACGAACGCUACAGAUCAGAUGUCCACACAGAGGCUGUGCAGGCGGCUCUGGCCAAACAGAAGGAGCGUGGUAAGAUGGCAGUACCCAUGCCCUCCAAGCGCCGCUCCCUGGUCGUGCAGUCCUCCAUGGAUGCCUACACUCCCCCAGGUGAGGAACAUAUAGGACUCCAAGACACGUCGUCGGGUUCGGAGGGCGAGGGCUCCAUGCAGGGUGAAGGCACACCAACCUCCAGCCAGAGCAGCAUCAACAUGGAGAACUGGAUCAGCCGAGCCAUCCACGGCUCCACCACCUCCUCCACCACCUCCUCCUCUUCCACUCAGAGUGGAGGGAGCGGGGCAGCCAGCCGGCUAGCAGACGUCAUGGGCCAGACGCACCUCGGGCCCAUUGCUCACCUCUCUCUGAAGAGGAAAACUAGGAAGGUCCUGGGUCCUCCGGCCCCAGUCACAGUAGAGAAUGGGAACACAGGUCCAGGUCCUGUGGUGCGCCGGUCUUGUGAGUUUGGAUCAGGUGGAUCAGAGCUCGUCUGGCAACAGCCCCCUCUGGAGAAGCAGGAGAACCACUCUGCCCCUCCAGAUGUCACCAGCUACACCACAGACUCCAUACAGGUGGAGAGACCCCAGGGCUCCACCACAACAUCCAGGUCCACGCCCAAAUAUGGCAAUGCAGAACUCAUGGAGACCGGAGAUGGCGUUCCAGUAGGUGGCCGAGUGUCAGCCAAGAUCCAACAGCUAGUCAACACGUUGAAGAGACCCAAACGACCUCCCUUAAGAGAAUUCUUCGUUGACGACUUCGAAGAACUCCUAGAGGUCCAACAGCCAGACCCCAACCAGCCCAAAGCAGAGGGUGCUCAGAUGCUGGCAAUGAGGGGGGAGCAGCUAGGGGUGGUCACUAACUGGCCCCUGUCACUGGAGGCUGCCCUGCAGAGGUGGGGCACCAUCUCUCCCAAAGCGCCAUGCCUCACCACUAUGGACACCAACGGAAAACCACUGUACAUUUUAACCUACGGAAAACUCUGGACGCGGAGUAUAAAGGUGGCCUAUAACAUCCUCCACAAGCUGGGGAGCAAGCAGGAACCCAUGCUCAGACCUGGAGACCGGGUGGCUCUGGUCUUUCCCAACAACGACCCGGCUGCCUUCAUGGUUGCCUUUUAUGGCUGCCUCCUGGCGGAGGUUGUCCCUGUGCCAAUCGAAGUGCCACUUACGAGAAAAGAUGCAGGGAGCCAGCAGAUAGGCUUUCUGCUGGGGAGCUGUGGGGUGACUGUUGCCUUGACGAGCGACGCCUGCCAUAAAGGCCUUCCUAAGAGUCCCACGGGGGAAAUUCCACAGUUCAAAGGCUGGCCAAAGCUGCUGUGGUUUGUGACUGAAUCCAGGCACUUAUCCAAACCCCCCAGAGACUGGUUCCCACAUAUCAAGGAUGCGAAUAACGAGACAGCCUAUAUUGAGUAUAAGACGUGUAAAGAUGGCAGUGUGCUGGGAGUGACGGUGAUGAGGAUCGCUCUGCUGACUCACUGUCAGGCCCUCACCCAAUCCUGUGGAUACACAGAAGCUGAGACCAUAGUGAAUGUAUUAGACUUUAAGAAGGACGUGGGGCUGUGGCAUGGCAUUCUCACUAGUGUGAUGAACAUGAUGCAUGUUAUCAGUAUACCCUACUCACUGAUGAAGGUCAACCCACUGUCCUGGAUCCAGAAGGUGUGCCAAUACAAAGCGAAGGUGGCGUGUGUGAAGUCCCGAGACAUGCACUGGGCCUUGGUGGCACACAGGGAUCAGAGGGACAUCAACCUGAGCUCACUACGCAUGCUGGUGGUGGCCGAUGGAGCCAACCCCUGGUCCGUCUCGUCGUGUGAUGCAUUCCUCAAUGUCUUCCAGAGUAAGGGGCUGAAGCCGGAGGUUAUCUGUCCCUGUGCCAGCUCCCCAGAGGCCCUCACUGUAGCCAUCAGGAGGCCGACAGACGACAGUAACCAGCCCCCGGGGAGAGGAGUACUGUCCAUGCAGGGUCUGAGUCACGGGGUCAUCCGGGUGGACUCUGAGGAGAAGCUGUCUGUUCUCACCUUGCAGGAUGUCGGCACUGUCAUGCCAGGAGCUCUCAUGUGUGUAGUGAAACCAGAUGGGGUUCCGCAGUUAUGCAAAACAGAUGAGAUCGGGGAGCUGUGUGUGGGUUCUAUUGCCACGGGGACGUCGUACUACGGUCUCUCAGGCAUGACCAAGAACACCUUUGAGGUGUUCCCCAUGAACAGUGUUGGGGCUCUCAUCAGUGAGUACCCCUUCACCAGGACAGGCUUGCUGGGCUUCGUGGGUCCUGGGGGACUGUGCUUCAUCGCUGGCAAGAUGGACGGCCUCAUGGUGGUGGGGGGAAGGAGGCACAACGCUGACGACAUCGUGGCUACAGCCCUGGCUGUGGAGCCCAUGAAGUUUGUCUACAGGGGGAGGAUAGCAGUGUUCUCCAUCUCUGUGUUACAUGAUGAGAGGAUCGUGGUGGUGGCAGAGCAGAGACCUGACUCUACAGAGGAGGACAGCUUUCAGUGGAUGAGCAGAGUGCUGCAGGCCAUCGAUGGGAUCCACCAGGUGGGGGUGUAUUGCCUGGCCCUGGUCCCCUCCAACACGCUUCCUAAAACCCCUCUGGGGGGAAUCCACCUGUCAGAGAGCAAGCAGCUGUUCCUGGAGGGCUCCCUGCACCCCUGCAACGUCCUCAUGUGUCCCCAUACCUGUGUCACCAAUCUGCCCAAGCCCCGGCAGAAACAACCGGAGAUCGGGCCUGCCUCUGUGAUGGUGGGGAACCUGGUGUCGGGGAAGAGGAUUGCCCAGGCUAGCGGCAGGGACCUGGGCCAGAUGGAAGACAAUGAUCAGGCAAGGAAGUUCCUCUUCCUCUCUGAAGUGUUACAAUGGAGGGCCCAGACCACUCCGGACCAUGUGCUUUACACACUUCUCAACUGCAGGGGGACGAUAGCCAGCUCUCUGACAUGUGUCCAAUUGCAUAAGAGAGCAGAGAAGAUUGCCACCAUGCUGGCGGAGCGAGGACACCUGCAGGACGGGGAUCACGUUGCGCUCGUCUACCCCCCUGGGAUUGACCUGAUCGCAGCGUUCUACGGGUGCCUGUAUGCGGGCUGCGUGCCAAUCACUGUGCGACCUCCGCACCCCCAGAACAUAGCCACCACUCUGCCCACAGUGAAGAUGAUCGUGGAGGUGAGCCGCUCGGCGUGUAUGAUGACCACAGCGGUGAUCUGUAAACUGCUGAGGUCGAAGGAGGCCUCAGCAGCAGUGGACGUCAGGUCCUGGCCUCCUGUCCUGGACACAGACGAUCUGCCAAAGAAGAAACCUCCAUUGUUGUACAAGCCCUCCAACCCAGACACACUGGCCUACCUGGACUUCAGUGUGUCCACCACAGGGAUGCUAGCAGGAGUGAAGAUGUCUCAUACUGCCACCAGUGCCUUCUGCCGUUCUAUCAAGCUGCAGUGUGAGCUGUACCCCUCUCGUGAGGUGGCUAUCUGUCUGGACCCCUACUGUGGCCUGGGCUUCGUCCUCUGGUGCCUUUGCAGUGUGUACUCCGGCCACCAGUCGAUCCUGAUCCCGCCUUCGGAGUUGGAGGUGAACCCUGCUCUGUGGCUGCUAGCUGUCAGUCAGUACAAGGUCAGGGACACCUUCUGCUCCUACAGCGUCAUGGAGCUUUGCACCAAGGGCCUGGGCCUGCAGACCGAAUCCCUCAAGUCUCGGGGCCUGGACCUGUCGCGGGUCAGGACGUGUGUGGUGGUGGCGGAGGAGAGACCCAGGAUAGCUCUGACUCAGUCCUUCUCCAAGCUCUUCAAAGACCUGGGCCUCCACCCCCGAGCAGUCAGCACCUCGUUCGGCUGCAGAGUCAACCUGGCCGUCUGUCUGCAGCCUCACAGGCUGGGGAAGCUUGCUGACCAGGGAACUUCAGGACCAGACCCAACCACUGUGUAUGUGGACAUGAGAGCGCUGAGGCACGACAGGGUUCGUCUGGUAGAGAGAGGUUCUCCACACAGUUUACCACUCAUGGAAUCUGGAAAAAUUCUACCUGGGGUUCGAAUUAUCAUCGCUAACCCGGAGACCAAGGGACCGCUGGGAGACUCGCAUCUUGGAGAGAUCUGGGUGUGCAGUGGACACAAUGCCAGCGGCUACUUCACAGUGUAUGGAGACGAGGCCCUGCAGUCAGACCACUUUACCUCCCGUCUGAGCUUUGGAGACACACAGACAAUCUGGGCCCGCACCGGAUACCUGGGCUUCCUCAGGAGGACCGAACUGACUGAUGCCAGCGGGGAGCGACACGAUGCCCUGUACGUGGUGGGAGCGUUGGAUGAGGCCAUGGAGCUGAGGGGAAUGAGGUACCACCCCAUCGACAUCGAGACCUCCGUUAUCAGGACGCAUAAGAGCAUCACAGAAUGUGCGGUGUUCACGUGGACCAACCUCCUGGUGGUGGUGGUGGAGCUGGAUGGGUCGGAGCAGGAGGCCCUGGACCUGGUGCCCCUGGUGACCAACGUGGUUCUGGAGGAACACUACCUGAUCGUGGGGGUGGUGGUGGUGGUGGACAUCGGGGUCAUCCCCAUCAACUCCCGGGGGGAGAAGCAGAGGAUGCACCUCCGGGACGGCUUCCUGGCCGACCAGCUGGACCCCAUCUACGUGGCCUAUAACAUGUAGCCUGGCAGCUGGAGACCUACUAGACCAUAGACAAGGCCUUGAACCGACGGGCCGAGCUUUAUGUACAUACUGCAAUGCAACAGGACCUCUGGUCUCUGAGAAGGGGGAGAGGACUCGAGUCCUGGACUCAGGCGCUCGCCUAGUUUGUGGGACGUUGUCGCUAGUUCAAAACAAAAACGCCUAGAAUUGUCAGGAACAGGAGACUGGUUAGUGUAGUGAAAGAUUGGAAUGGAAGGAGCUCUGUGUGUCGAUGAUGGGAGAGUGCCAGUCUAGUUUAUUAGAUUUGAGCUUUUUUGGUUCAUUGCUUUAAGUGUGUAUAUAUUUUCAUGUUACGUAUUGCUGAAGUCGCUCGCUUUUUUUAUCUGCCCUCUAAGAGGUUAGGGUAUUUUUUAAGAAUAUUUACAAGCUGUGGCAAAUGGUAUUUUAUGUUGACCUUUUUUUAUAUCAGUCAUUACAAAUAUAGAUAUGUUUUGAUACAGGACAUAUCCAUUUUGUGCUUGAACUUUACAAUAUGAGGUACAAUAUAUUGUUUUUGUUUUUUUGUUGUUACAAUUACGUUUUUAGUUCUGUGCUAACAUUUUAUUUUUCUGUGACAACUGUCCCAACUACAAGGGAAACCAGUGAGAAACCAGUGUGAUUAUUUCAACUACAGCAGCCUUUUACUCAGUUGUCAUGUUCAAUAUAACAUUUCAUUUUUCUGUGACAACUGUCCCAACUACAAGGGAAACCAGUGAGAAACCAGUGUGAUUAUUUCAACUACAGCAGCCUUUUACUCAGUUGUCAUGUUCAAUAUAACAUUUUAUUUUUCUGUGACAACUGUCCCAACUACAAGGGAAACCAGUGAGAAACCAGUGUGAUUAUUUCAACUACAGCAGCCUUUUACUCAGUUGUCAUGUUCAAUAUAACAUUUUAUUUUUCUGUGACAACUGUCCCAACUACAAGGGAAACCAGUGAGAAACCAGUGUGAUUAUUUCAACUACAGCAGCCUUUUACUCAGUUGUCAUGUUCAAUAUCAUUAUACUUCAAUUGAAGGAAAACACUAUGUUAUUUCAUAUCAUGUAAGUAUGUACAAAAACUGAUUUUAAUUUAUUUUGUUCACUUUAGAAGUAUAUGAGAGAGGACAUUCAAGAAUGUUUUAAUCUUGAAUAUUUGCUAAUAUAAAAACAAAGCAUUGUAUUAUCUUGAGUGAAUACUAGUAUCACAUCAAGUAUAUCAAAUAUAGAUCUAUAUUAAUUAAAAAGACCUAGGAUUCACCAAGGAAAAUGUGUGCAGUUAUUGAGAGGACAGUCUGAAUCCUUAUAGUCAUCCCCUUUAUGUCCUUCAAACAAUGCAACAUCUUCAGCUCUCAGACAUCAUGCAAGUUGAGAAGUACUGCAUUUCAAAGACAAAGAACAGCUCUGAAAAGAUCAAAAGCACUUUUUGAGAAAUGUCUGUGAGAAGGAUGAUGGUACAAACGCCUCCGGCGGGAGUGAUGAUGAGUAUGUCUUUGUGCUGGCUUGUCAAACACUUGUUUCUGAAACAACAGGUUGGAGAGCUUCACCAGAAUUUAAUAAAAUGUUUAGUCCUUAAUAUUUUUACAUUGAGAGACCAAUCAGGGCUCCUAUGUUGAUGUCAGAGGGGAAAAAGUACAAGACAACACUUUUACGGAAACCCUUUAGAGGAAUAAAUCUUGAGGCAACUAUCAUAAGGUGGAAGAGCAGUUUUGGGGAGAGUGAAACCUUAAACCUUAGUGAAACCAUACAUGAUUUGACGGUAAAGUUCAUGGCUAAGAAUGUUUUAGUUCAACACAUUAGAAUCUUUAAAAGCACUUUCUAGUAUCUACACAGCAUUCUUUUUAUUGGCAAGAAUGAUCCUGAUUUUUUUUUUUUAUAUAUAAAAAAAUGUCUGAACUGAGUUGGCAUAAGUCUUUCAAUUAAAUAAAUAUUUCAAUGAUUUUGACUAUAAAAUGUUUGUUUAUUGCAGCAGUACACAGUGUUUAAAUUUUAGCAGAGCCAUUAGGGUUAAGUGCCCUGCUAAAGGGCACAUUGACAGAUGUUAACUGGUCGGCUGGGGAUUCAAACCAGCGACCUUUUGGUUAUGGGCCCAACGCUCUUAACUGCUAGGCUACCUACCUGUUGUUUCAGAGGUUGCAUCUCAAUGUAAUUCUAUCAUAUGUCCAAGCAUAUUUGAUAUGUUACAUAUGAGAUUUGGGGUUUUGUUAAUUUUGUUCAUACACACAUUACAUGGCAAGUUUUCCAUAUCUUCUAUGGUAGUGUAAUGUAUAAUGAAUCAAAGCCAUCAAUCAGUUUGCUCUAUUACGACUUUAAAAAGAUAUUUAACCAAGAAUGAUUGAUGCGAGAUAACAAAUACUGAGUCAGCCAGCCUCAACAGCGCAGUCUGUGCACAUCUGAACUAUUUAAUGUUUUGCCACUUAUUUUAUUUUGAAAGGCUUAUCUCAACAGAGGCAAUGCAUUCUACUCACAAACAUUACAGUGAACCGUUUCUAGAGAUUUACAAAGUAACAGAUGACUGUGUGCUAAGCUCAUAGCCCUCGGUUGAGACACGUUUAAACUGUUUCAUAGCUGUUCAUUGAAAAAUGAUAAUUGUCCCAUCCUAUACUUGUCGCAGUGCUGUAAAUCUACUUGUUGCAAAUUCAUCUGGUACACUGCUGAUAUUUGGUGGCUUUCAUUAAAGAGGUAUAGAUCUGAGCCAUUCCUAUUGUGAAAAGGUUUACACAGGUCUACCCAUAUGAAAAUCUAAUCUGAAGAUAUGUAUUACGGUUUUCAAAAUGUAUUACAAAAUCCAUCAACUAUGGCAACUUUCAUACAUGCAUAUAUUUGUUUGCGUGUAGUGAAAUAUGUAAGGGAUAAUCGAGGGGCUAUGCGUUAUGGAAAAUAGUGAACGAUGAGCACAAUGUGCUAGCGGCGUUGCAUUAUUUUCCAGAGAAUGCAGAGCCUCAUGUUGAUUAGCCCUUUUUAUACCGCUGCAAAAAUGUGUUCAUUUGCAGGUACAAAUGUUUCAACAUCCACUGAAGUAGCUAGCAAGUUAGUAGUAACCAAACAAACAUACUUGCUUGUUAGCUAACAAACCAUCAGUCCUAGCUUGCUGUUAUGAAAAUCAAUUUAACAAUGGGAAAUGUUUUAAAUUCAACUUUUGCUUUUAAAAGCAGAUCAAACAUAGAACAUGUAAUGAACUACAGCCAUUGAAUAAUACCAUGCAUAAUAGGGAAAUAAUGCACGCUCUAGAAUGCCCUUCAAGCCAAUCAGAAACAAGUAUUCAACAAUGUCAUGGUAUAAGUUACAAGAAUGACUAUUUCAGUGUUUGCACAUUGGAGCAUUUAAUGGAAGUAGCACAAUAGUCUUUCUAAUUCAUGUAGUAUAUUUUGACAGAUUUAAAUGGGCUCCUUAUAUUUGGGAUUUUGACAUCUUUUUGUAAUGAAGUCCUAAUUUUGGGAAUAGGUUUACAUGUUUGCUUUUAGUGGUUAUUCAGUUAAUUUAUUUCCAGAAGAAAGUCUUAGGCCUACUGUAUCUACAUGUUUGGGAACAUUAUCUUCAAAUAAAACUUUUUUCGGUAUGAAGAAAACC